AUGGCUCCUCUCCUUGCAAUCUUCUUCACAUUCCUUCUCUUUUUCCUCUUUAGAUCCAUACAUGGACUGUUAUGGGUCCCAUGGAGAAUCCAACGGCACUUUGAAAGACAAGGCCUGCGUGGCCCACCUUUCAGGCCCAUCAUCGGCAACGCUGGUGAUUACCGCGAUCUGAUCAUGUGGGGCCAAUCGGAGCCGAUGCCGUUCGUUCAUGACAUAUUACAUAGGGUGGCCCCACACUACCACGUAUGGUCCAAGCUCUAUGGGAAGACGUUCAUCUAUUGGUUUGGGUCUAAGCCACGGCUGGCCGUUGCGGAUCCGGAUCUGGUCAAAGAGAUUCUACUCAACCCUAGCGGGUCCUUUGAGAAGGAGAAGUUCAAUCCUCACUUCAAGCAGCUGUUCGGACAAGGGCUGGCGGGCCUCAAGGGAGAGAAGUGGACCCGACAUAGAAGGAUCGCUAACUGGGCCUUUAACAUGGAGCGAGUCAAGGGUUGGGUGCCGGCGAUCGCGAGGAGCACAGUAGAGAUGUUGGAGAAAUGGGAGAAUGAGGGAGGAAAGCAGGCCAAAUUCGAAAUAGAGGUGCACAAAGAACUCCAUAGUCUCACGGCGGAUGUGAUAUCGGUAACGGCUUUUGGAAGCAGUUACAGAGAGGGGAAGAUCAUCUUCAAGCUGCAGGAAGAACAGAUGCUUCUGGCUACUGAAGCUCAAAGGAGCCUCUACAUUCCCGGAUUCAGGUUCAUACCAACAAAGAAGAACAGGAAGAGGUGGAGAUUGGAGAAAGAAAUUCGAGAAUGUCUUCGAAAUCUGAUCCGAAUCAAUGGAGAAGUGAGCGAAAAUUCGAAAAAUCUACUAGGCCUAAUGAUCUCUACGAACAAGAAUGAGGAAGAAUCUAAGAGAAUGGAAGUGGAAGAAAUCAUAGAUGAGUGCAAGGCAUUCUACUUUGUCGGCAAGGAGACAAAUGCAAACCUCCUUACAUGGGCACUUCUCCUUCUUGCAUUACACCAAGACUGGCAAUGUAAGGCCCGAGAUGAAGUUGUCCGCAUCUGUGGCCUCCAUGAUCUUCCUACUGCUGAUAGCUUGAACAAUCUCAAAUUGGUGGGCAUGAUACUAGACGAAACUCUACGCUUAUACCCUCCCGGCGGGAUUGCUAUAAGAGAAACAAGCAAAGAUGUCAAGCUAGGGAUCCUUGAUGUUCCGGCCCAAACUCAAGUCUACAUGCCAAUGGUCGCCAUUCAUCGUAACACUGAACUAUGGGGUGAAGAUGCUGAAGAAUUCAAUCCUAUGAGGUUUUCCAACCCAAGAAAGCAUCUAGCGGCGUUCCUUCCAUUUGGAUUGGGUCCCAGGGUCUGUGCAGGCCAGAACUUAGCUGUGAUAGAAGCAAGAACCGUCCUUGCUAUGAUUCUUCGACGGUUUUCAUUCACUGUCUCGCCGAACUAUGUCCAUGCCCCCAUGUGGCUUCUCUCUAUGUACCCUCAAUAUGGUGCCCAAAUCAUCUUUCAAAAGAUUUCUAACUGAUAGAGAAAAUGAAAAUUACAGAUAACAUUGUGGGUUUGUUCUUCAUCUAUCAACCUCAACAUUGUUUGGAUGCACAAGUGAAUUAAAUUGCAAAAUGGGUUUCCAACAAAUGGAAUUCGGUAGCAUUGACAGUGAGAGAAACUUUGAUACUCUGGGAGUGUGAUCGAUAAUAAGCAGGCACUCAGAAAUUACUUAGAAAUUGCAUACAUAACGUACAAGUAGACACUUAGAAAUUACUUGGAACAACAUCAAAAGCUUGAUUUUGAGACUGGUGACUCAGAUUAACUUCCUUAAUUAGUUAGAGUUGCGAGUCAGCCUGGUCAACCUCAACCAUAUUACCACCACAGGUGCCGAAGAACCAGGCUGGAAUCAUUCAUCAAGAUG